AGCGUCCUUAGUAGCAAAGUUUGACCCUUUUCCGUUCUUGCACCUAAAAUCCCAUCGUCAUGCCGCGAAAAGCUUUAACUUGCACUGUUGCAUUAGAUAUCUAUCAGGUAAGACCUUCAUUGACUGAAACAUCUUGAAAAAUAUGAAGUACAAGGGCACGCAAAAUGGCAGAUUAGUGCGAUAUGCUCCUGCCCUGCGACAACUGGAUUUUGUUGUUGUUAUUCUACAGAUAACAUGCCCAGGAACACGGCAUUUGAACGACAGGAAUAUGCUUUUUCUGUCGGUUUGUAUUUUGGGACAGACGAAGAGGACCAAGUCGGUGUUUGCGACGUUCCCUCUCGCACUGAAUGAAAGAAUGUACUUUAAGAGGGUAGGAGAUUUGUAGAAACUAUACUUGAUAAAGAACAGACUGUACACGAAGAUUAAUAUGACGCGAGUCCACAGAUGUCUCUGGAUAAAUAAUUAAUCAUCUCUCUGAACAUUGUCAACGCUUCCCUAAUUAACUUAUUGGCUCUUCCACAAGCGUUCUUGGUUCUUCAGAUUUAUGAUUGAGUUUCGUUAUUUUUUUUAGACUUUCGUAAAUGCAAGGGAACCAACUCAUGUGAUGGGAAUUUUGGAAGGUAAACACAGAUAUUUCGUUCAAAGUUGCACUAGGAAAAUUCUCUUGAAGGAAGUACAGGUUUCUUAUUCAUAUUUUGCUGAUUUAUUAUUUUUUAGAUGAACAUGUGUUGUUUGAACUCGUCCAGUACUCUGAUGUGUAUAAAGGUGAGUAACAGAACUUAAAUUAAAACCGAAACAUGAUUAUAAUUUUAUGUUAAUUUUAAAGGUUUCAGAUACAUUUGCUGCUUGUUGAAAGACUUGGAAAUAAUUGUUCAUCCACCUGCUACUAUAAACUAUCUUGAGGGCACACUGUGUUUAUUCAUGUAGCCUGGCAUGUUUUGUUUACCCUUAUCUGCUGAAUAAUAAUUCACUCUGCAGUUAGUGUCAGCCACCCUUCCAACAACUGAAAUAUAUGGCCAAAUUCCUUAACCCUUCCAACCCACUGGUAUAAAUAUCUCCUAAUAAAUGUCGAUACAAUAUCAACCAGACAAGUGAUGAGAUUAGAGAAAAUACUAAAUUCUCUGAACAAACAUUUUAAGAAUUGUAUGGUUUGCAGUAAGGAGAAUCACAAAUUUGAUCUGGGAGUUAAAGGGUUAUGAAGGAGAAGAUUAUCUUAUUAUCUCAUUCUGAUUAAAACUUCAAAGAUUAAGUUUUAGUUAUUUUGUUGUUGUUAAAGGAGGAAAAGUUCUGGCUCGCUAUGAGCAAUCAGCUAGGGAAUUUCUGUAUCCUACACCAACCCUGACAGGCAAAGAUGGUGUGGAGAGGGAGCUGUUACUGGGAAGAACUGUACACUUUACAGUAAGUUAACUGCAGUCUUACACCAGAAUGCUACACAAGUUAUGCACAAAGAUUAUAACAUCAAUGAACAAACUGAUUUCAAAUUUUGACCAACAUUUCUGACAUAUGCUGUUACAUUGGGUCCAUCUCGAUAUGAAUUUGUUAUUUGGAAUUUGCAGGGUACUGAUCUUAAGUCAGAAUUUCCCGUAAACUAAAUUUAAACCAACAACAGUUUCUAAGAGAAAUGUUAAUCAUUAGGACACUGCAACUUCCUUGUUUUGUCUGGCCACCAUCUUGAAGUUAUCGAUUGUGCUAAAUAUAAUGUACUGAGUUGAAGUUGUGUUGUGGAGGUUGAUAUUCUUUUCUUUAAACAUCAUGUUGGGGGAUGUUUUAUUUUAGACAUGAAACUUCCUGGCUGUUUAUGACAUUGGAGUAAACAAUGACUGACUGUAUUUUAAUCACACUCUUAAUACCCAAUACUUGAAAAUUUUCAUCAGGAUUUGCUUAUCCAGUAUUCAAUUCCCUUAAACCAACAACAGUUUCUAAGUAAAUGUUAAAAUGUAAGUAUAUAAACUAGUUGGUUUUUUUAAAUUUUAUUUUUUAGGGUAUCGAUCCUAAGUUAGAGUUUUCUUCAAACUCUACAAUUCAAGAGACAACUGUUCCUGGGACAUACAGGGAACUUACCAGUGUCAGUGUUGGUGAUGAUGAUGAUGAUGAUGAAUCAGCUUCUGAUUCUCAGGUAAUUGAUCAAAUGGCAAACACUACCCAUCUCCAGGUUCUCCUGUUGGGUAUCUCAAUCUUGUCAUCCAUACAAAAAAAAUUCCCACAAUCCUGUAAUUGUGACCGUCAUAGUCCUUAUCACACUCAUAGUCAAAUCUUUGUGAUCCCUUGCCUUAGAGAGUGAGAUUCCUAGGCCUUUUACAGUAAAUUCAAAUCAAACCAAACAUACCUGAGGAAUACCUUGUUUAAAGUAUUAUCAUGCACCUCUUCCAAAGGUCUGAACUUCAAGACAUUAUUCCACAUAAAUUUUUCAUGAAAGUUAGAGACCUUUUUAACUCUUUAAUUAACCUAUUUCUGACUUGAUGGUUUGGUAUGGCAUCUUGAUUUUUGUCACUGGACAUCUGGAUCUUGGUUCUUUUAAAUUAUAAUUAGUCAAAAAUCCUAUGCAUCUUCAAAAAAAUUUUAAUUAUCAUGAAAGACUUUUCGAUGACAUUUGCAUGUAACAAACUGCAGGCAGCUCAGCUACAGAAGAUGAGAUUGUUUUAACCUAAACUUUUGUUAGGAGGCUUCCUAUAUUCUAUUUCCUGAUUCCCACCAUGCAAAUUCCUACACACUCUUAACCUUUUUUACCCUUACAAGUGUGUAGCAUCUAAUUUCUCCUUACAAUAUCACCCCUAAACCAAACAUUAAGGUCAGGAGAACAAAGGAAUUAAUCAACUAAUAACAAAGCUCUUGACUGUUAAUCAAAUUGUCUUUGUCAACACCUUAGGAAACAUACAGAGAACAGUAUGGGGAUUAUGUAUAAUGCUGAUGUCAGGGUGUAAGGGUGGACGAACUAAAAGCAUUUGAUUUAAUGCAUUCAACAGGCUGAAAGCAGCUCAGAAACAGAUGAAGAACUCAUUUUAACACCAGCUCCAACCCACCAUAACCAUAGCAUACAUGCCAGGGAGUACCACUGUAUCUGUGAAUGUCCAAGGCGCCCUGAAAAUCAUGGGAGAGUAACCUUAAGAUCAAGGUCACUGUCUCCAACUCACAGACCAAAGUCAGCCACACCUUCCCUCAGACCUCCAUUCAAGGCUGGCAAGGCUGAUGAGAAAAUCAUAUCUCGUCGCAAGUUUGUGACUCCCGGACAGUCGAGACGGAAGACUAAAAUAAUUCCUUUGGAGGGGGGCCCGGGUAAGAAGAUCACGAUGACUGUUCUAGGUGAAACUGCAAAGUGUUAUUGGAUGGGAAAAGUUGAACCUCACACAUGUUACUAACCAUGGUUCAAGUCUGUACGCUACUGUAAGUUACGGACCAAUUCUGGUUUUUUUUUUAAUCCGAGCAAGCAAGGAAAAAUCAGAACACAUCUGCUAAAAUGAAGUAGCCCGCAGAACAGGCGUAAUUUUUUGUGCGUAUGAAGGUGACCAUAUGCAAGCGCGAAAAAAAAUUUUCUUUCGCGCUCUUCUUCUAGUGCGUAAUUCGUGAUAGCCUUCAUUCGCCUGAAAACGCAAAAAAAUUAUUCCCGAUCUGCAGGCUAAAAAAUUUAGUUACUUUCAGAGUACCUACUUGGUUGCUUUAUAAAGCGGGACAACUAUAGUGAAAAAAAAAAAUUGACAAAAUUGCCUUUUUUCUUCAACUAACUGGGCUUAAACGCCUUGAAAAGAUAAACAAUGUAUUUUUUCCUUUUAAUUGUCAAUUUUUAUUUUAAAAAAAGCUGACUGAUUAUGGCUCUUUUUUUGUACUUAACACAUAUAGCUCCGUGUCCAGAUUGUAGAGUUCCACACAAAGAAUGCAUUGUCUGCCAAGCGUACCUGAAAGUCUAUGGCAAAGACUUUUUGAAAUAUCGGUUUAGUCGCGUUCCACACAAGCGGACCACAUCCACGCCGGCAUACACAUCUUUUGCUUCAGAACCACCAAGGCCUCGUGCACCUGCACUAGUUGACGAUCCUCUGGAUGUUUCAAGGGCUUACAGUGAGCCCAUCCCCAGGAGUAGGAGAAUAUUUCCACGGGAACCUGAUGGUUACGGCUCGUAUUUGUCAUCAACUAGUCCAGAGAUCCAUGAUCGGGUAGAUCGCUCGAUUAGAAGGCGUUCUCCGGUUCCUGUAAGUAAACACUAAUCAUUGAUAAAUGUCGUCGAUGCUCCAAAACACCGCAUUAGCCACCCCCUCUCCCCCCUGCCAACGUCGCUCACGCCACCAUUCCUGAAAGAGAGCUGAGAUAAAAAAUAAUAUGAUUAAAAUUACAGCGAAUUGAUGGAAAAAAUUAUUUUACAGUAAAGGAAAUUAAUAUGGAAGGGUUGGUAAGUUUUCAAAAUGAGGUAAAAUAACAAAGACGCGGGCAAAGAAAUGCCGGCACUGAUUAGCGCUAAUAAUGUGGGCUUGCUCGUAGACAACAAUUAAGUGAACUUGAAUUCUUCAAACUUUCGUAGCUGAUGUUGAUUCCUUAUUGAGGAAAGAGAGGGAAACACCAUACCUCCAAGUAGUGCAAGACUUGAUAUUUAAUUUGAGGAUAAGUAGAUUAUCAUUCCCUGCUACUCUUUUUCUUUAGACUUACACUUCCAAACGGUUUGUAGAACUGUCAGAUUCUGAAGACGAUAAUGACAGUUUGCUCUCUUUACAAGAACUGAGGUGAGAUUUGAUUGCUGUAUUUGUUGGUAAGAAUUAGUGUUUGUCUUCUUUGGAUUGUGUAUGCUUGUAUCCUCUUGUGAGAUACAGUACAUGGGUGCACUUAAUUGAGGAGAUUCAAUGGCUUGGUGAUGAGUGCGCUUGACCGCGGCCUGAGAGGUCUGGGUUUGAGCCUUGUUCAAGUCACAGUGUUUUUUUAUCUUAGACAAUUUACUCGCACCAUGCCUCACUCCGCCUCGGAGUUUAAUUGGGUACCAGUGUGAUGUGAGGGUAACCUGCGAAAAGUUAGCGGUAAACCUGCAAUCGACUGACAUCCUCUUUAUGGGAAGGGAGGGGAGGAACAAUAUUCCAUAUCACUUUAGAGCACUAACUUCGCAAGAUAUAAAAAUUGUAGAUAUAUGAAAAUCAUAUGUGUGCAAUGCGGUGAAGAAACGAAUAUAAGAGACCCUCGCAGCUUUGAUCUACUCCUUCAGUAGUGUUCAUAGUUGCGAGGAUCUCUUAUAUUUGUUUUGCAAGAUAUGUUCUAUGGGUCUAUCAUCCACUGCUGAUAAAAGCUUUGGAAAAGCUGAUGUAAUUUUUAACAUUAGCCAUUAGUUGGACCUAAAAACCUACUCUUGGAUCGUUAACUUUCUUAAAUUUUAUUCCCUAUUAAUAAUCACAGCGUGUUUGCACAACUGGCCGCUUUAGGCAUCUAGAAACUCAUUAUGAUAAUGGACACCUUGUGGAUAUUAUCAAAGCUAUGAAAGGUGAAGACAUAAGAAAAAUGUAAGACCUUUAUCAUUUCACUUCUUAAUUCAGAUCAGAAAUAAACGGUGCGAGGUUAGAAUCUUUAGACAGAUCAUUUGAGGAUCCUGAACAUCCCACGUUAGGGACAAGAUUAGACAGAAGGUAAUUACAUCAAUAUCAGUUAUAAUCGGUGACAUAUUUCUUUUUUAAAGUCAAGAUAACUGCCCACCAGCAACGAGAAGCCCUUGACUAAUUUUAAAGCUCCUUCGCGUCUAAACCACCCACACUUUGCCAUGUGUAUAUAUAUUUUUUUUAAAAAAAAAAAAGCGUUUUUACUGACAUCACAACAAAGUUAAAUCAUCUCCAAUAUGGGAGCCCCAAACAAGUUUAACCUUGCAACACACUCACCUUUCGACUGGACGGAUACAAUCUGCUAACUCAUUAACACCGGCUGAAGUUUUUCUCUGUUUUUGUCAAAUUUCAGCCUUCGAGGUUAUUGACACGCAAGUUAAAUGGAAAAUCGUUGAUUUCCUCCGAAAGGUGAUUUUCAUAUUUAAUUGUUAUCUAAAUGACGUAUUUUAUUAAAACAACAUGACCAAAGAAAUCUUUUCUUGAGAUACCCAUUAUCUAGCGUUCACUCUCGUUUUGAGAAUGAGGCUUACGUGAGUACGGAAAAUUCCCGAUUUACAAACGAUCCAAGAUCGAUUACCUCACUCUUGCAUGGGACCAGUCACCAGUUAUCGCCUGAGGUGGAGGGGGGAGGAAGAGAGUGAGGAGAAGGAGGGGGCGCAGGUCGGAGGAUUUUGGGGUUGAAUGGCAUGCUUUUCAGGGGGAUCAGGUCAAUUAUACAGUGAGACAACCAAAUCCUCCGAUUCCCCCCCACCUACCUUUCCCCUCAGGCAAUAAACAUGACCGGUUCUUUAACAGAAAACUUUGAUGCGUUCACAGACCUCUCCUGUAGGGGAUACUGAAACAUUUCCUUACUCAACAAUUUUCAUCUGUCUGUUUCAGUGUGACUGUGCCUCUAUCAAGUGACUCGUUCUGGUCUAAUCUCAAGUCUCAGUUCACUGGGCGGUCACACCGGGCCUUAUUUGAAGAGUCCUUAAAAGAGAUAUAUCGGAACAUGUACAACACUGUAAAAGAGGCUCAUUAUUAGAAGCAAAUCGCGACGUCUUGCGAAAAUCCCAUACAGAAUUUCGGGUCUUUUUUACGAGGGUUUUGUAACGACGGUUUUUUCAAGUGUUCCUGGGCCAUAUGGUACAGGCAAUGUAGGAGCUAUGGAAGCUUACUUCAACAGUUUUAUAGAGUUUAGUAUUUAAGUUUUCAUCAAACUUUUAUCUCAGCAACUCUUAAACCUUGCAUGUAUUUUUACACUGAUCUGACACACAACCGUGUUCUUUUGUCUAGUCGGUUCAAAGCGGCACGAGUUGCUUAGCUAGGAGUGUGUAGUAUAUGGGAACU